AUUUUGAUCCGCUUAAAGAGCCAGGAGGCUGUAUAAUGAUCUGCAGCGGCAACUUAAUGCACAUGUACAUCAGGUAAUUUGCAAAAGUGCACGGCGCGAGUCGUCUGUCUGCAGGCAGUAUCACAAUUAGAUGAAGUUCUCCGAGUUCUUGUGUCCAUUACGAGGAAAAAGCAGACAAACUGAUCAAGACGCCACUACUGUCUGUCUGCGGUUGACUAAAAAAAAAAAAACACAACUAGCUGUCAUCACGUCGCUGCAUGGCUUAUCUGCGGAGCUGCAUGCAUGGAUUUGAUAAAACUGGUGACAUCCCUGAUGUGAAGACUCUCUCUCUUCAGGACCACGAGCAUGGAUUGGACCUGGCUUCACUCUCACCUAUGCUGUUCUAACCAGACGAGUAUCACCAGUUUGUACCUUCAGCGUUCUUGCUGAGCAGGACUGGACCAUGUUGUCGGGUACUUGGCGGCGUUCCAUGGGACACCAGCAGCCUGCUGCAGCACCAGUGGUCACUGGUAGGGGAAUGACGGUAUGUGGGGUCCCCAGUGGGACAGUGGUCCUUGAGGCCCAGUAUGACUACAACUACCGCGGUGCAGAUGGACGACAAGUCUGCAUAAGGGAAGGGGAACGGUUUAUCCUCCUGAAGAAGACCAACGCUGAUUGGUGGCAGGUGCGGAGGAUUGGGGCAGCCAGUAAAACAAAGCCUUUGUACGUACCUGCCACAUAUGUGACAGAGGUGCCUAUUGUGCCCUCGCCCCAGCGCCUGGUCAUGUCUGCCUCGCUGAACUCCAACCUCCGAAUCCUACCGAGGGUGUCACUCACUCCCAGCCCAACAGAGCCUACUUACAAUGAACUGUACAGAGUAAACAAACCCAUCUGCCGCUCCAUGGAAAACCUCAACACCCACAGUGCCUUUCAGGGAAUGGACACCAGCAGGAGGGGGGACUGUUUUCCCACCCUGCCUCUCUCUGGAUUCACCUUUACCUCCAACGCUCCCACCUCCCCAUCAGGCCACCUCAUGGUCCCAAGAUCCACCUCACGACCCAUAGCUCAAACAGCUCAGCAGAACCACAGGGUGGUCCCCACAAUCACACGGAGUCAGAGCUCCAGCAACUUGCCUGAAAAUCUGUUGGAGAACCCAUACGAUGAGGUGGGCGGCGGCUUUAGCACCCGUGUUAACCACAGGGUCCCGAAGAAGUCAUGUAGCCAGUGGGACAUGGUGGGGGCUUCGACCAAGAGCAACCACCUGCAGGUCCCCACCGAGUCCUACCUGUCCCAGCUAUCCUGGCAAGUGUCCCCCUUAUACAGCGAUACGCAGCCAGAGAAGCGUCAAUCACAGCCAGAGCCCCCCUGCCCAGCCCCGGGUCAGCAGCCUCUUCAGAUCAUGGAUCUGUGGGAGCAGUACUCAGACUCAGCCACAGGCAGAUGGUACUAUGUCAACAGUAUCACUAAGGAGAGGUCCUGGAAACCUCCACGUCGAGCCCGGGCACGGACCACCACCAGUAAGGCCAGUCCAGCACAAACUCAGACAUUACCGAGGGAGACGAACCAUUUGACCCUUCCACUUCCUCGUGCUCAGAAUGGGACUAUGCACAGUCUGUCACCUGACUUUCUCUUUGGGAGUCAUCGGGGAAAAACUGACAGUGGCUGGCAGAUGAAACAGAGCAUGCAUCGUGCUGCUUCCUCUGACACCCUGAGCACGAUGAUGUUCAGCAAUGCCGAUGCUCACUGCCAUAACUCUGCAGCCCUGCAUGAUGUCAAGCAACAGCUCAGCCACUCCCAGUCUAUGAUCCUGCCUGAGAAUGGCAAGAUGACCCAGCAAUGCAGAGAUUACUCCUGUAAAGUGACCAACAUUGUGGUAGAGCCUCCUUCUCCUGAGAGCUCCCCAGACAGUGAUAGUUGCACUCCAGAGCUGGAGAAAGCUGGCCUCUUGAAUAAGACAAAGAUUGCAGAAGGGGGCAGAAAACUGAGAAAAAGCUGGAGCCCAUCCUGGGUGGUGUUGGUCGGGAACAGUCUGGUUUUCUUCAAGGAUCCUAAAUCACAGACACCAUCCUCCUGGAGACCAGGAAACAGUCGUCCAGAGAGCAGUGUGGACUUAAGAGGCGCACAGCUGCACUGGGCCAAUGAUCUGUCCAGUAAGAAAAAUGUCUUUAAGCUGAGGACAGUGACCGGAAAUGAGUUCCUGCUCCAGUCUGAGACAGAUUCUCUGAUCAAAGAAUGGUACAAAACCAUCCAGAAUGUCAUCGACAAGCUGGAUCGUGAAAACCCAUUAGACAAUGUCCUAUUGUACUCUCUGAGGAGAGCAGGUAGUGUGGAGAUGUUGGACCACAGCGGAGACGAGGACGAAAGGAGAACGUCACUCCCUCGCUCAUCGUCCAACCUGGAGAACACAGAGAGGAAGAGAGUGAAGACACGGCUGAAGAAGCUCAUUCUAAAGAGACCUCCUCUACAGGCCCUGCAAGAGAAAGGCCUCAUUAAAGAUCAAGUGUUUGGCUGUCGUCUGGAGAUGCUCUGUGAGAGAGAGAAGAGCACCGUCCCUCGUUUUGUUCGUCUUUGUACUGAAGCUGUGGAGAGGAGAGGACUGGACACUGAUGGAAUCUACAGAGUAUCAGGAAAUCUGGCAGUGAUUCAGAAACUACGCUUCCUGGUGAAUCAUGAACGAGCGGUGACUACAGACGGCCGUUACAUGUUCCCAGCAGAGUUGGUUCAAGAGGAGAAGCUGAAUUUGGACGAGAGUGAGUGGGAGGACAUUCAUGUCAUCACAGGAGCUUUGAAACUUUUCUUUCGUGAGCUUCCCGAGCCCCUGGUUCCCUACGGCUUUUUUACCGACAUCGUGGAGACAGUCAAGAUGGCAGACCACAUGGACAAAGUGGAUCGUUUAAAGUGUCUGGUACUGAACAUGCCUCCUCCGAAUCAUGACACGCUCCUGUUCAUGUGCCGUCAUCUCAAACGUGUGUUGGAGCAUUCAGACACCAACCGAAUGACAACGCAAAACAUCGGCAUCGUGUUUGGGCCCACUCUAAUGCGUCCUGAGCGGGAUAACGGCAACAUGGCAGUGAAUAUGGUUUACCAGAACCAAGCAGUUGAGCUCAUCCUCAGUGAAUACGAACACAUCUUUGGAACAAGAGGCUUCUCUUGAUCUUUUGAGACAUCAAAAAAAAAAAAAAAAAAACCUCCCUCACUCCAGUGAAAGCACAAGUACUGCAGCACUGGUCCUCUCUGCCUGUUGACUCAUAUGGCGUAAAAUGGAUUUCACAUCAAAAGAUAAUUAUGGGGUAAAAAAGAACCAGGACAGAAAGCUGCUAAUCAUGACAUCUGGCCUCCAUAUAAAGCCAUGUUAAAACAAUAAUAGUAAAACAUGCCAAUUUUAGCUGCAAUACUUGCGCCUUUGACUGCAGAUGUGGGGCCCAGCCCCGGUGUUCUUCACAGCUGGAAGAGACGCAACCUUGUCACUUUUUCUUGAUGUUUUAAUGGAUCAGACUUGAUUGGGAUACAUAAAUCUGCUCCAGCCUGUCCAACUCACUUUGUAUUAAUCCGUCAUUAUUAAUUCAAGGAAUGCAGGGAGGGAUGUGUCUUAAUUUAACAAAGAAACGAAACAGAACCAUCUCACUGUGAAAACUAAAUGCACCAGCACCGGGAUGGACGGCUUCCACCUACAGUGUCUGUGUGGAUACACUGCACUAUAUGUUAUGCAAACCAACAGGAAGUAAAAUGGGUGUGUAAAUGAAGAUAUGCAGUGUUUUUACAGUAAACAGAAAAUUAUUUCAGUGGUGGGAUGAAUGUGCCAACAGGGCAACAAUGUUCCCUCGUACCAAAUUUUUUUGUGUGUGGACCUUCAGAGCUUCCCUUACUGUACAUUUUUGGAACUCUCUUCUAUUUUUAGUAGUGCAAAGUCUACAGAUUAACUUAAAAUAUUCAUUUGUAAAUACAUGAAGUCUUUUCUUUGUCAAUUAGUGGCACUUUGCAGACAGUGUGUAGCCCCUAAGCAUCUUACCCCACCUUAAACUCAUACAUUUUACUUUGUAAUGGAUGUUGUGUCAUCAAACUAUUACUUGGACCUUAUUGUGAACAUUGUGGCAAUAAAGCAAAUGUGAACAAACCAAA